AUGACCCUGGCAGCGGACGGGGCUGCGGGCCACGCGUGCCCGCCGCCCCUCACGCUGUGCCCAUCCCGGCUCCUUCGAGUCCUGUGGCUGCUUUGCCUGCUGCCCGGCCCCGCCUGGGUCGAGGGCGCCGAGCAGCGCCAAGUGUUUCAGGUUCUGGAAGAACAACCGCCCGGCACCCUGGUGGGCGCCAUUCAGACGCGCCCCGGCUUCACCUACCGGCUCAGCGAAAGCCACGCCUUAUUCGCCAUCAACAGCAGCACCGGAGUCCUGUACACCACGGCCACCAUCGACCGCGAGAGUCUGCCUAGCGACGUGAUCAACUUGGUGGUGCUGUCCAGUUCACCUACUUAUCCGACCGAAGUGCGCGUGCUGGUGCGCGAUCUCAACGACAACGCGCCCGUCUUCCCGGACCCCUCCAUCGUGGUCACGUUCAAGGAGGACAGCGGCAGCGGGCGGCAGGUCAUCCUGGACACCGCCACCGACGCGGACAUCGGCUCCAACGGCGUGGACCACCGCUCCUACCGCAUCGUGCAGGGCAACGCGGCGGGGCGCUUCCGCCUGGACGUCACCCUGAACCCCAGCGGCGAGGGCGCCUUCCUGCACCUCGUCUCCAAGGGCGGGCUGGACCGCGAGGCCACCCCGCAGUACCAGCUCCUGGUGGAGGUGGAGGACAAAGGCGAGCCGAAGCGGCGGGGGUACCUGCAGGUGAACGUGACAGUGCAGGACAUCAACGACAACCCCCCGGUUUUCGACAGUACCCAGUACCAGGCAGGGGUGCCCGAGGACGCGGCCGUGGGUUCCAGCGUCCUGCAGGUGGCAGCGGCGGACGCGGACGAGGGGACCAACGCGGACAUCAGGUACCGGCUGCAGGACGAGGGCACCCCUUUCCAGAUGGACCCCGAGACCGGGCUCAUCACGGUGCGCGAACCGCUGGAUUUCGAGGCCCGGCGCCAGUACGCGCUGACCGUCCAGGCGAUGGAUCGGGGUGUGCCCUCGCUGACCGGGCGCGCCGAGGCGCUCAUCCGGCUGCUGGACGUCAACGACAACGACCCGGUGGUGAAGUUCCGGUACUUUCCGGCCACAUCCCGCUACGCCUCCGUGGACGAGAAUGCCCAGGUGGGUACCGUGGUGGCUUUGCUCACUGUCACCGACGCCGACUCCCCGGCGGCCAAUGGCAACAUCUCUGUGCAGAUCCUCGGAGGCAACGAGCAGCGCCACUUUGAGGUGCAGAGGAGCAAAGUGCCCAACCUGAGCCUCAUCAAAGUGGCCAGUGCCCUGGACCGCGAGCGCAUCCCCUCCUACAACCUCACAGUCUCCGUGUCUGACAACUUUGGGGCGCCCCCCGCCGCAGAGACCCGGGCGCGCUCGUCUGUGGCCAGCCUGGUGAUCUUCGUCAACGACAUCAAUGACCACCCGCCAGUCUUUGCCCAGCAGGUGUACCGGGUGAACCUGAGUGAGGAGGCGCCCCCUGGGAGCUACGUGAGUGGGGUGUCUGCCACGGACGGGGACUCAGGGCUCAAUGCCAACCUGCGAUACAGCAUCGUCUCUGGCAAUGAACUGGGGUGGUUCCGGAUAAGUGAGCACAGUGGCCUGGUGACCACUGCAGCCUCUGGUGGCCUUGACCGUGAACUCGAGUCCCAGAUUGUACUGAACAUCAGUGCUCGCGACCAGGGAGUCCACCCCAGAGUGUCCUAUGCUCAGCUAGUCGUUACUCUUUUGGAUGUGAACGACCAGAAGCCAGUGUUUAGCCAGCCACAAGGGUACCAGGUGUCUGUGGUGGAGAAUACCCCAACUGGGACAGAAUUGCUCGUGGUUGGUGCAAAGGAUGGGGAUUUGGGUGACAAUGGGACAAUCCGCUUCUCCCUACAGGAACCGGAAGGUGCCCACAGGGUCUUCCGGCUGGACCCUUUGUCGGGGAGGUUGAGCACAGUUUCCUUUCUGGACAGGGAGGAGCAAGCCUCCUAUUCUCUGUGGGUUAUGGCCACAGAUCUGGGCUCCCCUCCCCAGACGUCUGUGGCCCGCAUCAACGUGAGUCUGGUGGAUCUGAAUGAUAACACUCCAGUGUUCUAUCCUGUCCAAUAUUUUGCUCAUAUCCAAGAGAAUGAACCAGGAGGGAGCUAUGUGACCACUGUCUCUGCCUCUGACCCUGACCUGGGGCCCAAUGGAACUGUCAGGUAUACCAUUUCAGCAGGGGACAGGUCCAGGUUUCAGAUCAAUGCUCAGAGUGGGGUGAUUUCUACUCGGAUGGCCCUAGAUAGAGAAGAGAAAACAGCCUACCAAUUGCAAGUAGUGGCUACUGAUGGUGGCAAUUUACAAUCACCCAACCAGGCCAUUGUCACCAUCACGGUUUUGGACACACAAGAUAACCCACCUGUGUUCAGCCAGGUGGCCUAUAGCUUUGUGGUGUUUGAGAACGUGGCUUUGGGCUAUCAGGUGGGCAGAGUGUCAGCGACAAGCAUGGAUCUCAACACGAACAUCACUUAUGUCAUUACCACUGGGGACCAGAAAGGCAUGUUUGCCAUUCACCAGGCCACAGGACAGCUGACCACAGCCAGUGUGAUCGACAGAGAAGACCAGGCAUUUUAUCAGCUCAAAGUAGUAGCUAGUGGUGGUGCAGUGACUGGAGACACAGAGGUGAACAUAACAGUGAAGGAUCUGAAUGACAACGCUCCUCAUUUCCUCCAGGCUGUGGAGAGUGUCAAUGUGGUAGAGAACUGGCAGGCUGGCCAUACUGUUUUCCAAGCUAAAGCAGAGGAUCCCGAUGAAGGCGUCAAUGGCCUAGUGGUCUAUAGUCUGAAACAAAACCCCAUGAAUCUGUUUGCCAUCGAUGAAAGGAAUGGUACUGUUAGUCUCCUGGGUUCCUUGGAUGCACAUGCUGGUUCUUACCAAAUGGAAAUCUUGGCGUGUGACACCGGGGUGCCCCAGCUUUCCUCUAGCCUCAUUGUAACCGUGUAUGUCCAUGAUGUCAAUGACAACCCACCUGUGUUUGACCAGAUUUCUUAUGAGGUCACUCUUUCUGAGUCUGAACCUGUGAAUUCUCGGUUCUUCCAAGUUCAGGCUUCUGAUCAGGACUCUGGGGCCAAUGGAGAAAUUGCAUAUGACAUUGUGGAAGGCAACACCGCUGGUGCGUUUGGCAUCUUCCCAGAUGGUCAGCUGUAUAUAAAAAGUGAACUUGACCGUGAGCUUCAAGACAGAUAUGUUCUGAUGGUUGUUGCUUCUGACAGAGCCAUUGAACCACUCAGUGCUACUGUGAACGUGACUGUGAUUCUAGAAGAUGUUAAUGAUAACAGACCUCUUUUCAACAGCACUAAUUACAUGUUUUACUUUGAAGAGGAGCAGGCAGCUGGGUCAUUUGUGGGCAAAGUAAGUGCUGCCGAUAAAGAUUUGGGGCCUAAUGGAGAAGUAAGGUAUUCCUUUGAGAUGGCACAGCCAGACUUUGAGUUACAUGCCAUCACUGGGGAAAUCACAAGCACUCGUCAAUUUGACAGGGAGUCUUUUGUGAGACAGAGGGGAAACGCCAUGUUCAGCUUCACAGUCAUCGCCAUGGACCAGGGGCUCCCUCAUGUGCUCAAGGACCAGGCGAGUGUCCAUGUGUACAUGAAGGAUAUAAAUGAUAAUGCUCCUAAAUUUUUAAAAGACUUUUACCAAGCUACCAUAUCAGAGACAGCAGCUAACCUAACCCAGGUUUUAAGGGUAUCGGCUUCAGAUGUCGAUGAAGGCAAUAAUGGACUGAUUCAUUAUUAUCUCAUCAAAGGAAAUGAAGAAAGGCAUUUUGCUGUGGACAGCAUAUCAGGUCAGGUGACGCUUAUCGGCACCCUGGAUUAUGAAACCACACCGGCCUAUUCCCUAGUGAUCCAGGCAGUGGAUUCAGGAGCAAUCUCCCUCAAUUCAACCUGUACACUAACCAUCGAGAUUUUAGAUGAAAAUGACAAUAAUCCUUCCUUCCCCAAGGCCACGCUAAUGGUGGACGUUUUGGAGAACAUGAGGGUUGGUGAGCUGGUGUCGUCGGUGACGGCCACGGACUCGGAUUCGGGGGACAAUGCCGAUUUGCAUUACAGCAUCACCGGGACCAACAACCACGGGACCUUCAGCAUCAGCCCCAACACUGGCAGCAUUUUCCUCGCUAAGAAACUGGACUUCGAAACCCAGUCUCUGUAUAAACUAAACAUCACUGCCAAAGACCACGGCAGGCCCCCUCGCUCAUCCACUAUGUCAGUGGUGAUCCAGGUGAGAGACUCCAACGACAAUGCACCCAGCUUUCCGCCCGGGGACAUCUUCAAGUCCAUCGAGGAGAACAUUCCCGUCGGCUCGCCGGUCCUCUCCGUGACGGCGCACGACCCCGACGCCGACAUCAACGGCCGGCUGGCCUACGCCAUUGUGCAACAGCGGCCCCGCGGGGGCCAUUUCUGCAUAGACGAGGCCCAGGGUGUCAUCUACACAAGCGCCGAGAUUGACCGAGAGUUCGCCAACCUCUUUGAGCUGACCGUGAGGGCCAGCGACCAGGCCGUGCCCGUGGAGACCAGGCGCUGCGCCUUGAAGAAUGUCACCAUCCUGGUCACGGACCUCAACGACAACGUCCCCACGUUCAUCUCGCAGAAUGCCCUGGCGGUGGACCCGGCCACUGUGGCCGGCUCGGUGCUGACCACCCUCCUGGCCGCUGACCCCGACGAAGGAGUCAACGGAGAGGUGGAGUAUGAGAUCGUCAACGGGGACGCGGGCGCCUUCAGCGUGGACCGCUUCAGCGGGGACCUGCGCGUGGCGGCCGCCCUGGUGCCCUCGCGGCUCGUCUACAACCUCAUCGUGGCAGCCACAGAUCUUGGCCCUGAGCGCAGGCGAUCAACUACAGAACUGACCGUCCUUCUGCAGGGCCUGGAUGGGCCCGCGUUCACGCAGCCCAAAUACAUCACCAUUCUGAAGGAAGGGGAGCCCAUUGGCACCAACGUCAUCUCGGUGGAGGCGGCCAGCCCCCGGGGCGCCGAGGCCCCCGUGGAGUACUACAUCGUGUCUGUGCGCUGCGAGGAGAAGACAGUGGGUCGCCUCUUCACCAUCGGGCGACACACGGGCGUUCUGCAGACGGCCGCAGUCCUGGACCGGGAGCAGGGCGCCUGUCUUUACCUGGUGGAUGUUUACGCCAUAGAGAAAUCGUCGGCUUUCCCCAGGACGCAGAGAGCAGAGGUGGAAAUCACGCUGCAGGACAUCAACGACAACCCGCCGGUGUUCCCCGCGGACACGCUGGACCUGACGGUGGAGGAGAACGUGGGCGACGGCGCCAGGAUCCUGCAGCUCAGCGCCAUGGAUGCCGAUGAGGGUGCCAAUGCUGUGGUCACAUACGCUAUUAUUAGUGGAGCUGAUGAUAGCUUCCGCCUCGACCCUGAAUCUGGAGACCUCAUAGCCACCAAGAGGCUGGACAGGGAGCGCCGUUCCAAGUACUCCCUGCUGGUGCGAGCUGAUGACGGGCUGCAGUCCUCAGACAUGAGGAUCAAUAUCACCAUCAGCGACGUGAAUGACCACACGCCCAAGUUCUCCCGGCCCGUGUAUUCUUUUGACAUCCCAGAAGACACUAGUCCUGGUUCCUUGGUAGCAGCUAUUUUAGCUACUGAUGAUGACUCCGGUGUGAAUGGAGAAAUUACAUACAUUGUGAAUGAAGAUGAUGAAGAUGGAAUAUUUUUUCUGAACCCUGUUACUGGAGUCUUCAAUUUGACCAGAGUAUUAGAUUAUGAAGCACAGCAAUAUUACAUCCUCAGUGUUCGUGCAGAAGAUGGUGGGGGACAAUUUGCUACUGUUAGAGUUUACUUCAACAUACUUGAUGUCAAUGAUAACCCACCCGUCUUUAGCCUCAGUUCGUACAGCACCUCCUUGAUGGAGAAUCUGCCUCCAGGCUCUACUGUCCUGGUGUUUAACGUUACCGAUGCAGAUGAUGGUAUCAACUCUCAACUGGCUUAUAGCAUUGCUUCGGGCGAUAGCCUCGGGCAGUUCGCAGUGGACAAGGACGGGGCGUUGAAAGUCCUGAAAGCCCUGGACAGAGAAAGUCAGUCUUUCUACAACUUGGUGGUGCAGGCGCAUGACCUGCCCACGCCCCCGGCCCCCAGGUUCACCAGCACUGCACACGUCUCCAUCAUUCUGCUGGACGUGAACGACAACCCGCCGGCGUUCCUCUCGCCGAAGCUGGCGUACGUCCCGGAGAACACCCCCCUGGACACCGUGGUGUUCACAGCGCAGGCCGCAGACCCGGACAGCGGCCCCAACAGUUACAUCGAGUAUGCGCUGCUGCAUCCCGCGGGAAGGCCAUUCAGCAUCGGGACCAUCGACGGCCAGGUGCGGCUGGCCGCGGAGCUGGACCGAGAGGCCGCCUCGAACUACACGCUGACCGUGGUGGCCACAGACAAAGGGCAGCCGCCGCAGUCCGCAUCCACUGAGGUGGCGGUCACCGUGCUGGACGUGAACGACAACAGCCCGGCGUUCGUGCGCGCGGCGCACGCGGUGGAGGUCAGCGAGGACACGCUCACGGGCACCGACAUCCUGCAGGUCUUUGCCUCCGACGCCGACGAGGGCCCCAACGGGCAGGUGCGCUACAGCAUCGUGGAUGGGAAUGCCCACCAGGACUUCCGCAUCGACUCGGUCACCGGUGCCAUCACAGUGGCCAGGCCCCUGGACAGAGAGCGGAUCCCCGUGUACCUCCUGACCGUCCAGGCCACGGAUCGGGGCAGCACCCCCCGAUCGGACACCUCCACCGUCAGGGUGGUGUUACUGGACGUUAAUGACUUCGUUCCCACAUUCGAGCUGUCUCCUUACUCCGUCCAUGUCCCCGAAAAUCUGGGGACACUUCCCAGAACCAUUCUUCAGGUGGUGGCAACAGAUCAUGACCAGGGACAAAACAGCAAACUCUCCUAUGUUCUGUGUGGCGGUAACGAAGAGCAGGCCUUCACACUUUCAGCCAGUGGAGAACUAAGAGUGACCCAGAGCUUGGAUAGGGAGACAAAGGAACAUUUUGUUUUGUUAAUUUCAGCUACAGAUUCAG